CGACGUGCCUGGCGCCCUCAAGCGCUGUUUACUAGUGAGUGCAUUGGGCCAUUUGUUCUUGCAAAGGCGAUUUCAAAGCACAUCGUCCUCUCUUCAUCCUUUCCCAUCCCUCCUUUUGCCUCACCGUUCUUUUUCGCAAUCCUGCAAUCAUGGCGACCAUCCCAAUUAUUGUCAAGCAUCAAGGCAAAAAGUAUGAUGUUGAUCUCGACCCGUCGAGUACUGGCGAAGUCCUCAAAUUCCAGCUCUUCUCCCUCACCGGCGUCGAGCCUGAACGACAGUCCCUUCUCAUCAAAGGUGGAAAGCUCAAAGAUGACACCGACCUCUCCAAACUCAAUGCAAAGCCCGGCCAACUGUUCACCAUGCUAGGGACUGCGUCCUCUGAAGGCAGCGCCCUCAUCGCUCCCAAGGAAAAGACAAAAUUCGUGGAAGACAUGACCGAAGCUGAAGCCGCUGCGCAAGAAGGUGCAACACCUGCAGGGCUGCAAAACCUCGGCAACACCUGCUACCUUAAUUCCACUCUACAAGUCCUCCGAAGUGUUCCCGAACUGCAGGAUUCACUUCAAGUAUACAAGGCUGAGAGCGCACCUGGUAGCAGUCUGCAGGACCUGAGUCGCUUCGGUCUUGGAGGUCUGAGUGGCAGCAAUGAUCUGACCGCUCAACUCCGAGACUUGUAUAGACAAAUGUCGGAAACGCAAGAAGGUUUCCCUCCCUUGAUGUUUCUGAACGCCCUCCGCACGGCAUACCCGCAAUUUGCGCAAAAGGCAAAAUCCGGUAAUGGAUAUGCACAACAAGAUGCUGAGGAGGCUUGGUCACAAAUCAUCCAUCAACUCAAGCAAAAUCUCAAGAUCUCGGGACCAGCCAGCGACAGUCGGCUCCAAACCCCGUUUAUCGACUUGUAUCUCGCCGGCAAAAUUCAUUCGACUUUAUCACCCCCCGAAGCUGUUGCUGAGAGCGAGCCCGCUAUCGAAUCUACCGAUUCUUUUCUCAAACUCGACUGCCAUAUUGAUUUGACCAUCAACCACAUGCGCGAUGGCAUUUUGCUCGGGCUCAAAGAAGAAAUUGAGAAGAAUUCUCCCACGCUAGGACAGGAUGCAAUCUAUACGAAGACUUCACAGAUUUCACGCCUUCCGAAAUAUCUCACAGUCCAUUUCGUCCGCUUCUUUUGGAGAAAGGAUGUGCAGAAGAAGGCCAAGAUCAUGCGAAAGGUCACUUUUCCCGAGGAGUUCGACGCCGUGGAGUUUUGCACCGAAGACCUGCGAAAACGGUUGAUUCCAGUUCGCGACAAGAUCAGAAACAUCAGAAAGGAUGAGCAAGAUGUUGCACGGGCCAGGAAGCGACUCAAGAUGGCCAACAAGCAAGAAGAAGAUCGAAAGCACGAUGAAGCACAGAAAGCUGCCGAGGCCGCCCCGAUCGCCAAACUGCGCGAACAGAAGGAGAAAAAGGAUGGCAAAGCCAAAGAAAUCGAAGGCGGAGAGAUGGAUGUCUACAAAACAGACGCUGAAUACGAAGCAGAACGUGUGGAAUCUCUCAAACAGGCAAAGAAGGAGCUCCUGGCUGUCAUAGAUCCUGAACUCGAAGCCGAUCCGGGUGCUAACAAGUCAGGACUGUAUGAACUGAGGGGAGUGGUAACACAUCAAGGAGCCAGCGCAGACAGUGGUCACUACACGAGCUUCGUCAAAAAGACUGGCAAGCUGGUAGAUGACCCCAAAGCACCUGGCGACAAGCGUCGUGAGGAAGACGGCAAGUGGUGGUGGUUCAAUGAUGACAAAGUGUCAGAGGUUGAGUCUGACAGAAUCAUGACCCUGGCAGGUGGUGGAGAGAGUGCGUCCGCUCUGAUACUACUGUACAGAGCUAUCGACCUUCCGACAAGGGACGAAGUCGAUUAACCUCGACAUUGUCUCACGGACGUAAGUGAAUGCUAGGUAUGGCAUGUGGCCUUCAUCUUCAUCUCGGGCAUGCAUAGCGGGUUUGCAGCGUCGCCAGAACAAUAAGCCUUGAUGUUUCUUUGAUAGACCAAAAGCGUGGUAGUCAAGAUACCGCUAGAGCUAGAUCAUGCCAUACGAGCAUCAUUGAUGAUCAGCAGUGAUGAUCACAAAAUGGACCUUGCCUAAGUCA